CUCUCCACAUAAAAAGUUGCAUGCAAAGCUAAAAUCAUUGGUUCUUGAGGAUAAGUUUUUCUUUUAAUGAAAAAGUGUCAGAAACACUUGUUUUGCUACAGAAACACCGAGUUAAAAACCAUUUUUUCUGGCUUUUAGUUCUGUCUUUUAAUCAUUUUUUGGUUAGAUUAUAGACAUAAUUUGGUCAUGAUCACUGUCUUUUUCUCUGUUUCAAGAAUUUUCUUGUGAUCAUAGCUUCAGUUCUUGGUGUUUUCUCAUUAAAAUUCUGCAUGUUCUGUUUCUUUUGCGUCAAUUCUGCAGAUUUCUAGUUCUUUUCAGGUUUCUUGCUCUGAAAUUCAUACAAUUUCUUGGAUAUUUUUUCAGGGUUUCAAUCACUUGAUCUUGAACUGUUUGUGUUUUUGUGUGUGUGUGUUUUCUAGUUUCAUUACACAAUGUUAUCUGCAAAAUCUGAGUCUGAUAUAACAAGUUUAGCCCCAUCAUCACCAUCAAGGUCUCCGAAAAGACCUGUAUAUUUUGUGCAGAGUCCUUCAAGGGACUCACACGAUGGGGACAAGUCAUCUUCCAUGCAACCAAGUCCAAUGGAGUCACCUUCACACCCUUCGUUCGGCCGGCAUUCAAGAAACUCAUCAGCCAGUAGGUUUUCAGGGAUUUUCAGAUCCUCCUCCGGGAGGAAAACUAACCGGAAACGGAACGAAAAAGGGUGGAAUGAAAAAGGGUGGCCUGAAUGUGAUGUAAUUAUGGAAGAAGGUGAAUAUGAUGAUGAUAAGACAUUUAUUAGAAGAUUUCAGGCUUUGAUUGCUGUUUUUAGCUUUAUAGUUCUGUUUACUGUGUUUUGCUUGAUUAUUUGGGGUGCUAGCAGGCCGUACAAAGCUGAGAUUAUUGUCAAGAGCUUCACGGUAAAUAACUUUUACGUUGGCGAAGGAACAGACUCCUCUGGUGUUCCGACAAAGAUGCUCACAGUGAAUGGCACAGUGAGAAUGAGCAUAUACAACCCUGCUUCCAUAUUCGGCAUUCAUGUCAGCUCCUCGCCUAUCAAUCUCAUAUACUCUGAAGUCCCCAUCGCAACUGGUCAGUUGAAGAAAUACUAUCAACCAAGAAAGAGUAGAAGAACCGUGUCAGUGAUUGUGGAAGGCGACAAGGUUCCGUUGUAUGGAGCGGGAUCAGGGCUAACAAUUGCACAAACCGGCAUUAUUGUAGCUCCGUUUAUACUGAAAUUCGAGAUCAAGUCUCGGGGAAAUGUAGUAGGGAAGCUAGUGAGGACGAAGCAUCGAAAAAUUAUCACUUGUCCGUUGGUUCUUGAUUCUACUAAAUCAAAACCUAUCAGGUUCAAGAAGGGUGUAUGCAAAUAUGAAUAAUUUCAUUUUCAACAGUAAUUAAUCCAUUUCCAUUUUGGUGUA